AUAUGGGCACUUGACAACUGUUUUAAGACAGACUUGAAAAAUUGUGAACCUGUCCUUUAAGGACAGAUAAAAUAGGGCAGGAAGUUCAGAGCAGGAGAAAAUAGAAGAAAACAAGACAGGUUAAAAGAGCUCAUGAACUGGGUUAAGCUGAUGAAACUGGUUCAAUCCUGUGGUUAAUUCAGAUGUGUGUAUCUGACCUGACCUGACCAGUUUCAUAUCAUGCCUCAGGCAAAGAACUCAAAGGUUUGAAACUAGAUAGAGAUUAACGUUGGAACGAAUGCGUCUUCCUAGUAUAACAGGAAAAUGAAUUGUUUUUCAUAUGAAUAAAUGCGAGCUGUUACCCAACUGACAACAUUUUGAUACUGACUUGGUGGCCUGAGCCUGUACGAACGUGGUGCCAAAAGGAAAGUUGAGAUGCACUCAUCCGCAUCCAAUGUUCAUUCACAUUGUUAAAUGAAUUAAUAACCUAAAUAUUUGUGUCAUAUCGGUUCAAAACCAGUUUGUAAUGCUGUUUUAAUCUGACAUUUGAUAUAUCACACCUUCAGUUUAUGAGAAAGACUCAUCCAAAAACUGGCUGCAUCAGUGAAUUUCCAAAACAGGAGAGUGCCAUUCUUCCACUGGAUUUCCAGACAAGUACAGCAAUGGUAUUGGAUGAAAAAAAAAGCAGAUAUUUGACAUGUUAUUCAUCGCUCUCUUUCUCUAUAAAACAACGUCUUUUUCUCCUUGAGGGCUAAAGUGCCUGGUAUGUGCCAAUCUCUUUUAACACAUUAAUCCUAAUGGCACUCAGCCUGUCAAGGCAAUAAAUCAUUGUCUGGAUUAACACUUGCCCUGACGUUACACUAGGUGCGUGUUGAAGUAUGUGUGUAUUAUGUGAAAGUGUACUGUAGCUCUCCCUUUCUCUUUGCAUGAGGUGGCCCAUAAUGGUGUGUCCUUCAGAUGACCUGACAGCUCAGCCCAAAAUAACAACACAAAUGGCUCAUUUGACUCUGAAGUUAACCUGAACCAGCCAACAAGCUCCGAGCAGCAGGAGGAGGAGAAGGAGGAGGAGGACGACAAGGAGGAGGAGGAGGAGGAGGAGGAGCGGGGUGUACCUGACACCUACAGCCGCGCGCAGCAGCUCUCUUCCCCCGCAGAAACACCCCGGACUGCCCGCCUCGUGUGCCGCCUCGUUGUCUCCGCAUUAGUUCACCGGAGCUCUGCACUGUUUAAACGGAGCUCACAGACCCCCAAAAACUCUUAGAGCAACAAAACACUGAAGACUCACGGAUCUUUUAAGAACUCCUGCACGGACCAGAAAGCUUCAGGAUUUUUUCUGACUGAUUUAAAAAAAAAAAAAAAAAAAUUCUUGUGAGAAAAAAAAAAGGACUACAGGAUCUCAGAAGAUGCGUGUCCUGGUGCUUCUCUGUGUGCUGGUGCGUCUGUCUGCAGCACCGGGCCCGGUGGCCGGAGCGGACAGAAGCUGCGCCGACCUGCGGCAGUUCUACACCGGGAAAGGGUUCACUCUGGUCGGGGUACCCCAGACCGAGAUCUCCGGUGAACAUCUGCGGAUGUGUCCCCAGGGCCCGACCUGUUGUACCAGCACCAUGGAGGAGAGCCUUGCCGGUCUGAGCACCAGAGAAACCGAGGGACUGAUCAGAGAGGCCGGCAGGUCGCUGCAGGCUGCCUUCAACGCUCUCCACAGGAGCUUUGACACCUAUUUCACUGAACUGCACGGGCGAUCUGAGCGCUCCCUGCAGGAGGCGUUGUCUCCCCUCGGCCCCCUGUACUCCCAGAACACCCGUCUCUAUGGAGAUCUCUACUCUGACCUGCGACAGUACUACAGGGGCUCCGCUCUCAACCUGGACGAGACCCUGUCGGAAUUCUGGUCUCGCCUCCUGGAACGCACCUUUAAAAGCUCCACGCCGACAGAUGUCAUCUUGUCAGAGGACUACCUUGAGUGUGUUGCUAAGCAACAGGAGACGCUGCGGCCAUUUGGAGAUGUCCCGAGGGACAUGAAGGCGAAGGUGAUCCGGGCUUUUGUCACAGCCAGGUCAUUUAUCCAGGGCCUGGUAGUCAGCGGAGAUGUUGUCAGGAAGGUCUCACAGGUUUCUCUGAGUCCAGAGUGUGCAAAGGCCCUGAUGAAGCUGGUUUACUGUCCUCACUGUCGCGGCCUGGCCUCCGUCAAACCCUGCUCCAACUACUGCUCCAACGUCAUGAAGGGCUGCCUGGCCAACCAAGCCGACCUCGACACCGAGUGGCAGAAUCUUAUAGACACCAUGAUCCAGGUGGCGUCUAGUUUCAGCAUGGAGCCCAGUCUCGAUGUGGUUCUCUCCUCCAUUCCUGUGCGAAUCUUUGAGGCUGUGCACUUCCUACAGGAAAACAUGGACACAUUCACAGCAAAAGUGUACCAGACAUGUGGAACUCCAGGUGAACCAGAGACAGGAAGUCCCGCGCUACACGAGCAGAGGAAGAAGAGCGGCUCGCUGACCGCCUCAGAGUACAAACCCUCCCCCACUGCUGGACUCAGACUGGAGAUGCAGGUGUCAGAUCUCUCCAGCAAGUUGAGGGAAAUGCGGCAGUACUGGCUCCAGCUCCCUGUCGCACUUUGCAGCAAAUUGGCAGGAGGAAGCGCCGGUCAGGAUAAAUGCUGGAAUGGCAUUACUAAAGCCAGGUACCUUCCAGAGGUGAUGGGUGAUGGCUUGGCUAAUCAGAUCAACAACCCAGAAGUGGAGCUUGACAUCACCAAGCCAGACAUGACAAUCCGGCAACAGAUCAUGCAACUCAAAAUUAUGAGCAACAGGCUGAAAAAUGCACUGGAUGGCAAUGAUGUGGAUUUCCAGGAUGCAAGUGAUGACAUCAGUGGUUCAGGAAGCGGUAUGUGCGUAGGUGGUCAGUGUCCUCGGGGCAGACCGGGAUUGUAUGCCUACCCACCAGACAACAACCGAGUCAGAGGCGCAGCCACAUCUCAAACCUGCCUCCAUAGCCUCCUCCUCCUGCUCCCGCUGGCCAUCCUGCUGCUUCAGCGAUGAUGGACCGCCGCUGCCUCUAAUCAGACUCUGAAGUCUAGAGUAGAGCUGGACCAUGGGACGGACAAACUGGGUUUGGUGGGGGGAAGAUUGGAUUGUAACUUUGCCAAAAAAAAUGAAAAAGACCUUUGGGGAAUGAAUGGACAACAUUUUCUGUGAAGAAGAGGAGCAAAAGUUGAAAGUGACAAUUUUCUUUGUUUUGUUUUGCUCAGUUUUAAUGUGUCAUUGCUUGGGUGUGAUUCAGUUUGUUGAGCUGGUUUCAGUGGAUUCAAAGGAUGAGGAUGAUGAGAGAGGAAGACGGAGACAAGGAAGACGAAGAAGACAAAGAGAAUGAUGACUUAUGAGGAUGAAGAUAAUGAUGGGAAUGAUGAUAACGGUUUAUUGACUUUUAAUCAGGUCCUUUUAGCUCCUGUAUCCAGUCAGCAGACGGCAGAGCUCAGUGAAAAAGUGUGUAGUACCCUGAUACGUGGUGGGUUCAACAAGGCUUUUUAAUUUAAUUUAAUUUUUUAACUGGAGUCAAGGCUGUCUGCAUUAACAAACAUUGUGUAAGCUGUAAAUGUUUGUGUACAUUAGCUAAAAGACUGGCACCAUAUUGAGCCAUGGAUGUAGAGUAUGACACUAUAUUGGCAGUGAAUCCCCCAUAAUCCGUGAUGUAGUCGUCCAGAUGUUUUGGUGUGUGUCGGCAUAACAGAAACAUUGAGUAGGAUUUGUUUGAAAUACUGCAGAUAAAUUAUCACACUCCUGAAAUGUAUGAGAUGUUGUGAUUGCAAGAUUUAGCCUCACUUUUACUGUUUACUCAAGCAUUUCAAAAGCAAAAGGAAAUGACCACUUUUUUAACAACUCAUCACCUUUGUAAAGAAAGAAGCAGCCUCAUCAAAGCACUUAAAAACAACAACAGACUAGCAGUUAAAUCCUAUAAUUUUGUCUUGCAAUGAAGGCAGAAAACUGCACGUUAUUCUGACUUGUCUGGUUACAAUAAACACAAAAAACUCCACAGAGAACAUAUGGCACAGUAACGCGAAAAAGGACUCCAAGUAACUGAUUGAUAUUAAGUCUUGGAAGAAACACAUCAGGUGUAGCAGCUAUAGUGAUAUACAGUAGGUCAUACCAAAGCACUUCUUACACUGUACGUUGGUGUCCUUACAAAUAUUUUCUUUACAUCUUGACAGCAGACAUUAAACACAAAUAUGUGCAACAUUUGUGACAAUCCUGGGAGCAAGCCAGGUUUUUGUAACUGCAUAAUGUUUGGGUUUUUUUUGUUUUUUUUAAAAAAAAUGCAUCACUAAGAAAGAGUGCUGUGACCCAAAUCCAUACUACACACUGAUUCUAAGUACGUUUUGAGUAUUUGGUGUGUUCACGCUGGAAAAGUGGGAAAUUUAAGUGUAAAAAAUGUGCUUUUACGAUUCAUUGUACGAAUAAAUUGAAGGAGCUGUGAAAAUGGAAAAAAGAAAAUUCGGAUGGUGGUGAAAUAGCUACAGGAACACAUCAGAAAACAAAAAAAAAACUAUGAAAUCUUUAUUCAACAAAUUCAAUAAAACAUCUUGAUGUUGAUGUUUGUAAAGUUUAAUUUGCAGUGAAGUUAAAGUCGCUGCUGAUUGACAUGCAUUGGCACACAUAUUGUAUAAUUUCCUGUUAGUAUAAAAGUAUGUUGAUUAUUUUUGUAUACUAACUGCAAAAAAAAGAGUAUGCUAAUCAUACAAAGACAAUUAGUAUGUUGUGUGGAAUUGGGAUACAAUUAAGGUUGAAAGUUGAGACUUUUGUAGACACGAUUUUUUGCAGAACACUGUUAUACUGUAUAGCUACUGUGUUUGCCUUGUAAUAUAUCAUUUACUCGGCAUGCCUUUGUUUCAGUCUGCACUUCUGCUGGGACAUACAGUACAGGACUCCUGAUUCACACAAAUGACAAGUCUCUUGCACACAAACACAUUUACACACACUGGGGUUGUGUAUUAAGGUGAUUUUUAUUCAUCCGUGUAUUUAAUCACACAUUUCAUUCAUUAAACUCUGUUUGAUUGUAGCAGUGGAU